AUGUCCGAGAGUCUGACGUCAAAUACUACUUCCGCUACUGGAUCUCCUUCAGUGGUUCAUGAUAACACUACACCAAGAAAAAAAGUAACAAGCCAAAUUUCACCUUCUUCUUCUUCUUCUUCUUCACCUUCACCCUCACAUUCACCUUCAUCACCUUCCUCUUCUGAAACAUAUAGAAGGAAACCAGAACUGAAAUAUUAUUAUCAUAAUCAUAAUCGUAAUCACCGUCGUAAUAGCAAGAUAUUCGAAAGUCCGAACAACAAUAACAAUAAAAAUAAUGUUGCUAGCAUAUCAACAAGUAAAAAUGAACAAAUGUCUCCAAAGAUUCCAUCAACUCCUUCAAGAUUUAUACGAAGAUCAUCAACAUCCUUAGGUUUUCUGGCUACACCGUUACAACAACAAAAUACCAAUAACAAUAAACAAAACCCUGAAAGCCCUCUGUUAAUAUCCCCAAUAAGUAAAUCCAUAACGAAAAAUAAAAAUACAAAAAGAAUAUCGUUAUCUCAACCACCACCACCACCUCCACCAUUACUACCUACUACACCAAAAUCUAAACAUUUAGAAGUGUUUUUUUCACCAUCUCCCAAUUUAAAGACUCCAAAUAUAAAUACUUAUGAUAACACCAAGAAUGAUUCAAUUCCAAUUAAAGAAAUUUCUCAAAACUUGAAAACAAGAUUAAAUUAUGCUUUCAUUAAAUUGAAAAAUGGGUGGACGGAAAAAACUUUAUCUGAAUUAGAAAAUGAUUUGGCAUCCAAUCAAACGAGAAAAUUGAAUCCAUUUUCAAAAUCAUACGUUAAUAAUUUUGUUGAUGCAGAUGAAGAUUUAGAAAUUGAAUAUCCAACUAUGUCCGCAAAUUUAGCUUUUAAAAAAGCUUUAUCUGAAAAUUAUGAUUUUACUACAAAGAUAAUAAGUCCUAAAAAGAGACAUUUAAAUAAUAAUGAUUCAAUUGAAAUUCAAGUUCAAGAACCUAAUAUCAAUAAUAAUAAUAAUAAUAAUAAUAUGAUGGUGUCUCCAAUAAAAUGGAAAGGAAACAAACAAUCAAACACAACGAAUGGUAAAGAAGAACCACCUUCUGAAGUUGAAGCAAUAGAAACAUUAAUGUCUUUAUCAUCUCCUAAGAAACCCAAACAACAACAAAAUCAAAUCGAGAAUGAUUCUAAUGGAUUCAUACGAAAACAUAAAAAAAAUAUUUCAAAUUCAUCGACAGAAUCAUCUACAUCGGGGAAAUCGUCCUCCUCUUCUGCAUCUUCUGCUUUCUCUCCAACUACUACAAACUAUCAUUCGAUAGAAUUUCGCAAUAUAGACAUUGCUGGUACUACUAAUAAUAAUAAUAACAAUAAUGAUAACAAUGAUACAGAUGUAGAAACAGAAAUUGAAUCAUUAUCUGAUGAUGAUAAUGAUCAUACAUAG